GAAAAAUUAAAACUUGAUGCUGAGAGGGAAAAACUAGAGAGGCUUCAGGAGCUUUACUCCGAGCAGAAGACGCAGCUUGAUAAUUGCCCUGAGUCCAUGAGGGAACAAUUACAGCAGCAGCUGAAGAGGGAUGCUGAUCUUUUGGACAUAGAAAGCAAACAUUUUGAAGAUUUGGAAUUUCAGCAGCUUGAACAUGAAAGCAGGUUAGAUGAAGAGAAAGAAAAUCUGACACAACAGCUCCUGCGUGAAGUAGCUGAAUAUCAGCGCAGCAUUGUCAAUAGAAAGGAAAAGAUUUCUGCUCUCAAAAAACAAGCUAAUCAUAUUGUCCAGCAAGCACAAAGAGAACAAGAUCAUUUUGUAAAAGAGAAAAACAACCUAAUAAUGAUGCUGCAAAGGGAAAAAGAGAAUCUCUGUAAUCUGGAAAAGAAAUAUUCCACGCUUUCCGGAGGAAAGGGAUUUCCUGUCAGUCCCAAUAGUCUUAAAGAGGGCUAUAUCAGUGUAAGUGAAAUUAGUGAGCUGUAUGGCAAUUCCACGAAUAUAUCCCCUUCCACUCAGCCCCCCACAGAUGCUGAAGCAGUUGCCACUGAGCCUUCCACGGCUGUGCUGACCAGCCAGCCACAAAAUAAAGAGCAUUUCAGAAAUCUGGAAGAGCGAAAGAAGCAGCACAGGGAAUGCAUGUACAUGAGCGAUACUUUACCUCGCAAGAAAACGACUCCGUCUGUAUCACCGCACUUCAGUAGCGCUACGCUGGGACGAAGCGUUGCAUCUAAAGGACAUUUACCAUUAGGACAGAGCAACAGCUGUGGCAGCGUACUUCCUCACUGCCUGGCAACCAUGACCAAAGAGUCAGAGUCGAGAAGGAUGCACAAAGGGUAUAACCAUCAGCGUAUGUGUGAAAACCAAAGGCAGAAGUCUCCUGAAUUCUACAGCAGAACAGCAUCCGAAUCAAAUGUGUAUUUGAAUAGUUUCCACUACCCAGAUCGUAGUUACAAGGACCAUGCCUUUGAUACAUUAAGCUUAGACAGUUCUGACAGCAUGGAGACAAGCAUAUCAGCAUGUUCACCAGAUAACAUUUCCAGUGCUAGCACUUCAAAUGUUGCAAGAAUAGAAGAGAUGGAGAGACUUCUGAAACAAGCGCAUGCUGAAAAGACUAGGCUGCUUGAGUCCAGGGAACGGGAGAUGGAAGCUAAAAAACGAGCUCUGGAAGAAGAGAAGCGCCGCAGAGAGCAACUGGAGAAAAGAUUGGAAGAAGAAACUAGCCAGAGGCAAAAAUUAAUUGAAAAAGAAGUCAAAAUACGUGAGAAACAAAGAGCACAGGCCCGUCCCUUGACUCGCUAUUUGCCUAUUAGAAAGGAAGACUUUGACCUACGAAGUCACAUUGAAACAGCCGGUCACAACAUAGAGACCUGUUACCAUGUCUCCCUCACAGAGAAGACCUGCCGAGGCUUUCUGAUUAAAAUGGGAGGAAAAAUUAAAACAUGGAAAAAAAGAUGGUUUGUUUUUGACAGAAACAAGAGAACUUUUUCUUAUUAUGCAGACAAACACGAAACUAAAUUAAAAGGUGUAAUAUAUUUUCAAGCUAUUGAAGAAGUCUAUUAUGAUCAUCUAAAGAAUGCAUAUAAGAGUCCCAACCCGUUGCUCACUUUCAGUGUUAAGACACAUGACCGGAUAUACUAUAUGGUUGCUCCGUCGCCAGAAGCCAUGAGGAUAUGGAUGGACGUUAUUGUUACAGGCGCGGAAGGCUACACCCACUUCAUGUUAUAA